AUGCUGAGUCCUUCACAGCUAAUUAUCCCUUCUCAAGGUUCAUCUUCUGGUAUCGGAGCGGCAACAGCCCUACUCUUCGCAACAGAAGGCGCGAAGGUAACGAUAACUGGCAGGAAACCAGAGGGUUUAGAGUGCAUCGUCGACGCCGGUGGUAACGAAGACAAUCUCAAUAUCGUCAUCGGUGACGUUACUGAUGCCAUCAUAAGAGAAAAGAUCAUCUCCAGUACGGUGGAAAAGUGGGGCCAAAUUGACAUAUUGGUAAACAAUGCUGGUGGUUUGAUAGCCGAUGAGAACGGAUCUGGUGGAAUAGCGGCUAAUCUCGAUACGUUAAAGAAAACGAUGGAGCUGAACGUGUACAGUGUUACGCAUCUCAUACAACUUGCUCGCCCACAUCUUGUUAAAGCGAAAGGAGAGAUUAUCAAUGUUUCUAGUAUUGCUGGACAACCAAAAGGAUCGCCCAAAUUUGCGUACUAUUCCAUGGCAAAGGCUGCUCUGGAUCAGUUGACUCGUGCACUUGCUGUUGAGCUCAUUGCUGAGGGAGUUCGCGUGAACAGCGUCAGGUAACC